GGCUCUGGAGUCUGAAUGGGCGAGGCCGGAUGUUAAGGGCGGGUGGAUGCAGGUCCAAGCAGCAAGCCGCGGCAUCGCCUAACGCUAAGCCAUUUACAGCCACACCCACAACCUCGUCUGUGAUUGGCUGGCCGAGUCUUGCGCUGCACAGACCAUGCCAUGCAGCUGGCACUGCAUUGUAUCCACUCCACUCUCUGCACUCCUCAAGAGCCGGACGACACGUCGCACCAAGUCCGAGGCCGACAGUAUGCUUUGGUCGUAGCGUCACUGUCGGUGAGAGCUUCGCUUGUUGAUUUGCCUUGUGUUCCUGGCGGGAAGCCCUCCCCGUGGCCCUGAUCAACGGCCGACCUGCCAAACGAGCAAUCCCCCGCCGGCGUGGCCUACACCGCAUGCGCGACAUGCGGUGAUAU